AUGGGCAAAGACUACUACUCAAUACUAGGCAUAGCCCGCCAGGCGGGUGAGGACGACAUUAAAAAGGCGUACCGUAAACUGGCGCUGAAAUACCACCCUGAUAAAAACAAAGCAGCAGGGGCAGAAGAGAAAUUCAAACUCAUAGCCGAGGCGUACGAAGUGCUGAGCGAUAAGAAAAAGCGCGACAUUUAUGACCAGUACGGAGAAGAGGGCCUAAAAGAGGGUGGGGGUGGUAACCAUGGUUCUGGUAAUCGCGGUGGUUUUGGCAACCAUGGCAACGGUGGCCAACAUUUUUCGUAUACAUUUCACGGCGACCCCCGAGCGACCUUUGCACAAUUUUUCGGCACCGAUAACCCGUUCGAAAUGUUUUUUAAUAUGGGCGGUCUGGGCGCACCCCACGGUCACCAGGGUAUGUUUGGCAUGAUGCAUGGUCAUGCAUAUCUCACUUAA